AAUGCCGGUUCUCGGGAACACGCGAGCCCGGCUCGAGUAUAAAACGGUGGUCAACUGAUGCAAGCGUACCAGAAAGUGACAGCGAACCGAAUGCGACGGAGGUGUGGAGAUGAAUCAUAAAUAUAGCUCAUCUUUUGGCUGGAUAGUUUCGACUACGUAGAUUGUUUUGGACUCAAGUCCAGUAAGCAAAGGAAAUAGUAGUCACAGGAGUCCCGGGUUUCAUAACUAUGGCACCGGACCCUGUGGUCCAGGCUGUUAUAGACCUGUCGGCUGGAGCAAUAGGAGGUACAGCGUGUGUGCUGAGUGGGCAGCCACUGGACACAGCCAAGGUGAAGAUGCAGACCUUCCCCUCGAUGUACCGAGGUUUCCUGCAAUGCUUCCUGACCACCUACAGGCAGGUGGGCAUAAGGGGGUUGUACCAGGGCACCACACCCGCCCUCAUGGCCAACAUUGCUGAGAACUCCGUGCUCUUCAUGAGCUAUGGCUUCUGCCAGGAAGUAGUGCGGAUCUUCUGUGGCUUUGAGAAAGAGGCUGCACUCAGUGACAUGCAGAAGGCAUGUGCAGGUUCUGUGGCCUCUAUCUUCUCCUCUCUGGUGUUGUGUCCAACGGAGCUGGUGAAAUGUCGGCUACAGGCUAUGCAUGAGAUGGCUGCUUCAGGCAGGAUUGGCAACAGCCAGUCCACUGUGUGGGCUGUUGUGAAAUGGAUUGCACAGAACAAGGGUCCUACUGGUUUCUUCCAGGGUCUGAUCCCUACCAUCGCCCGUGAGGUCCCGGGGUAUUUCUGCUUCUUCGGGGCAUACGAGCUAUGCCGUUCCUUCUUUGCCAAGUACAUGUGCUGCAGCAAGGAUAACAUAGGCAUUACACCCACUAUGUUCAGUGGAGGGUUUGGGGGUGCAUGUCUCUGGUUGGUGGUGUUCCCUAUGGACUGUGUAAAGUCAAGAAUACAAGUCAUGUCCAUGACCAACACACAAGAGGGCUUCUUUAAGACCUUCAUGCACAUCUUCAGGACAGAAGGUGUGAGAGCUCUUUAUUCUGGUCUCACUCCCACGAUGAUCAGGACGUUCCCAGCUAACGGUGCACUGUUCCUGGCUUACGAGGCCAGUCGCAAACUCAUGAUGUCAAAGUUGGACAGCUAGCCCACCCACACACACGAUAACUUUCAUUUUCUGUUUAGAUGUUUAGGUUUGGUAUUUGAGUCUUACUCUGGUGUACAUAACCAGGUCAAAUGUGCUCCAGUUCUGGCAUUCUACAGGUGUGCAUAUACAUGCCAGCACUGUUUAGAUGUAUGAAUAUAGAUGUAUUAGAUGAAUACAUAUACAUACUGCAUAUGCAUAUUAGAUAUAUAUUCGUACUGUAGAGCUGUUUUUGUAAGCUCUUGGUUAACAAAAGUUGCCCAGUGUGUUUGUUGCAUUGAUGUCUCCAGUACUAGGUCAAAGUGACACCAAGGUGGAGUACCUUUUACACCGUGUGAAAUUUUUCCCAGAGUGUAAGGAUUUUUUUUCUGAGGGUGCUUCUGAGCACUCGCUAAACUGAGUGUUCUAGCCCAAAAAGCAGUAGUCUACUGCCAGCUUUUAUUUUUUAGUAGCAUGGUCAUCAUUGCAUGGUUCAGUUUGUAUUUAUGUUGAAUAAAUAAUCCAGCCCUUUCAA